AUGGUAUCCCUUGCUCCCUGUGCAGAGAUGGAAACAGAACCAGGAGAGGCAGAAAACAAAGCUUUGGAUCCAGGAAAACCUGCAGUGAUAUGGACCAGUGCAGUCCCUGAGGGCAGCCAGGGUUUGCAAGCAAAAAUAUUUAGCCACCAGCACCAACAAGAAACCAGUGCGGAUCUGGAGAAGCUGCAGGUGAACACAGUGAUGGACGAGGAGAAAGACACAGCGGGAGAGAAGGAAGCCAAAGAGGGAAUGGAGAAAGAAGACAAACUAGAAAAAGAUGUAGCGGUGGACGAAGAGGAGGAGCAAGAUACGGACAGUCACCAUGUAGCAGGUGGCAUGGGCGAUGAGUAUAAUGAACCCCAUAAUGAUGGUACCACUUCACAAACCCAUAUCUCCACAUCCGAGAACCCUGAGUCAGGCCACAAGCGACGGCAAAAUCUGACAAAGACACCCAGUUUUGGGAAAACAGUGCGGUUUUCAGAGACAGAGGACGUGGAGGAAAGAGACAGCUCAGAGGAAAGCCUUUUCCCAGACUAUGAGCUUGAAGAGUGGACUGUUACUUGCUUUGAGGAGUUGUUCAUGGCUGAGGACUGGAUCGAUAUCACUGAUGAUCGUCUGCUCAGAAAGAAAGUUCUGGAACCAGGACCUGAGCAAGCCCCAUGUCCUGUCUGGGGUCAAGAAGUCACGCUGAAAAUGCAGGGCGUGCUGGAGGAUAGGACCAUGGUGGAAAAAGACUCCAAGCUGGUCUUUGUCAUCGGGGAGGGAGAUGUCAACCAGGCUUUAGAGGAGUGUGCCAUCUCAAUGAGGAAGGGAGAGAUCGCGUUACUGUUGGCAGACUCACAGUACACCUAUGGACUUUUGGGAAGAGAGCCUGAUAUACCAGCCUGGACUCCUAUCCUCUACCAGCAGCAGCUCACAGAAAUCAGAGACAAAGCAGACCCCCUGUCUCUGCCCAUUUCUGACCGGAUCCGCAUCGGCAACCAGAAACGAGAGCGAGGGAACUUCUACUUUCAGAGAGAGGACUACAGCAUGGCGGCGCAGGCCUACUGCAUGGCCCUGGAUGUGCUGACCACACGCACACACGACAGUCAAGACUGCACGCCGGAGGAAGAGGAGGAGGUUAAUGACUACCGAGUCAAGUGUCUGAACAACCUGGCGGCGGCGCAGCUAAAGCUGGAGCAGUACAGCGAGGCACUGCACACCAGCCAGGACGUGCUGUUCCUCGAUCCCAACAACGUCAAAGCACUCUUCCGGAAAGGGAAGCUUCUAUCAGACAAGGGUGAUUACGAGGAAGCCAUGGAGACCCUGAAGAAGGCUUUAAAACUGGAGCCGUCUACCAAGGCCAUACAUGCUGAACUAUCAAAGCUGGUCAAAAGACAAGCAGGAGUCACUGAGAUGCAGAAGUGGAAUCCAAAAUCUGCUCAGCUGCUCGGAGAGAACAUAGCACCGUUCCUCAAACCCCCCAAAAAGAAGCCCCCCGGCAUGUCCUGGAAGCUUCUGCUUGGUGCUCUGGUGGUGGCCUUGGGCAGUUUAGUCACCUCAGUGGUCCUGACUGCAAGAAACUAACUUUCUCUCAAGCACUCAGAAGCUAACCUGUAAACAGGUUUCCUCAAGCACUUGGAUGCAAGUCCUGUAAACAACCAUUCCACAGCACUGCAGUGAGAACAAAGAGGAAGGACAGUGAACUGUUUACUAUCCUAGCUCAGCUUCAGCAUUGACACCCAUGGGCUUACGCAUAGCAUAAUGUAUGUGCAGAAAUAGGGUCAGACUGAUGCCUAAACAUUAUAAUAAAGAUCAGUAUUACGUGCUUAUUUACCCAGUUAUGAAAUAUCUCAAUAACUGUGCUCUCACUUGUCACUGAGGCAAUAACUGUUAGAGCUGUUCUAAUAGGCUUUUUCAGAAGAGAUCCCCAUAACUAGAUGAAGGUUUAUUGCAAGAAUUCUUUUUAAUCUACUGCUGAUCUGAAUAAUGCAUGCGGGCAGCUACUUUUAGGCUAAUAAAACCAGACCCCACUCUUUUUCAACCCUACUCAACUCUCAGCUCUGUUACCAUUUACUUGGUAUUACAAGAUUUCUUUCAGGAAUCAGUAAGAUGAUGUUUAGUGAUUAGUCCAAUUCUCAUGUUUAAACAUGACACCAACAGAGACUUAGUAAUCAUCACUGAGAGAGGAUACUUUUAGAUUUUAAUAUGUUCCACUCAACUCUACAGCAGUGAGACAUCACUAAACGUCUUCCCCCUUAAUUGCAUCAAACGAAGAUUUUAUAAAUGUGACACACAGUCUCUAUCAAACACAGUUGUCAUUAACGUGGCAUGCCGUCCCCAUCAAGCAAGAUUUUUAUAAACGUUUUUUAUAAAUAUACAAAUUCAUUAAACCGUCUCUCAGUGGACACACAGUGUGUUUUAAAGAAAAAAUAUAUAUAUCAUGCCUAAACUGUCUGAGAGCUUCUGUAUUUAUUCUGGUUUAAAAGGUGGAUUAUGGAAUCUUCAUGGUAGGAAUUAGGCAAAGAUUUUUAUUGUAAAGACAAAUUAAACAGUAUCUUUUGAAAUAAAGGAAUAUACUGGAGA